AUGUCUAUGAGAACUGCUUCUAUGCGUAUGGCUACUAGAUUAGCCGUCAGACCAACCGUCUCCAAGAGAGCUUUACACAUGUUAGCCAAUGCUGUUGCUCGUCCAACUACCUACAAGGCCAUUACUCCAUUUGGUACUCGUGGUGUUAAGACCAUCAAUUUCGGUGGUACUGAAGAAAUCGUCUAUGAACGUUCCGAUUGGCCAAGAGAAAAAUUAUUAGAAUAUUUCAAGAAUGAUACUUUAGCUUUAAUCGGUUAUGGAUCUCAAGGUUAUGGUCAAGGUUUAAACUUGAGAGAUAAUGGAUUAAAUGUCAUUAUUGGUGUUCGUAAGAAUGGUCAAUCUUGGAAGGCUGCUGUUGAAGAUGGUUGGGUUCCAGGUGAAAAUUUAUUCGAUGUUACUGAAGCUAUUCAAAAAGGUACCAUUGUUAUGAAUUUAUUAUCUGAUGCUGCUCAAUCUGAAACUUGGCCAACUAUUAAACCUUUAUUAACUGAAGGUAAGACCUUAUACUUCUCCCAUGGGUUUUCUCCAGUUUUCAAGGAUUUAACUCAUGUUGAACCACCUUCAAACAUUGAUGUCAUUUUAGCUGCUCCAAAGGGUUCAGGUAGAACUGUUAGAUCUUUAUUCAAGGAAGGUAGAGGUAUCAACUCUUCUUAUGCCGUCUGGAACGAUGUUACCGGUAAGGCUGAAGAAAAGGCUAUUGCUUUAGCUGUUGCUGUUGGUUCUGGUUAUGUUUACCAAACCACUUUUGAACGUGAAGUUAAUUCCGAUUUAUACGGUGAACGUGGUUGUUUAAUGGGUGGUAUUCACGGUAUGUUCUUAGCUCAAUACGAAGUCUUGAGAGAAAAUGGUCAUACUCCAUCUGAAGCUUUCAAUGAAACUGUUGAAGAAGCUACUCAAUCUUUAUACCCAUUGAUUGGUAAAUAUGGUAUGGAUUACAUGUACGAUGCUUGUUCUACUACUGCCAGAAGAGGUGCUUUGGAUUGGUAUCCAAGAUUCAAGGAUGCUUUGAAACCAGUUUUCGAAGACUUAUAUGAAUCUGUUAAGAAUGGUUCUGAAACUAAACGUUCUUUAGAAUUCAAUUCUCAAGUUGAUUAUAGAGAAAAAUUGGAAGCCGAAUUAAAGACCAUUAGAGAAAUGGAAAUCUGGAGAGUUGGUAAGGAAGUUAGAAAAUUACGUCCUGAAAACCAAUAA